AUAUUGAGGAAUGAACAAAUGCCAAUUGGAUUUUGUUCAGUGGUGCUUAGGCCAAGAAAGAUACACUCUCUUAAAUGCCAAUCUUCUUGCUCAGUAGAGAAAAUGGUUUACAAGGAGACCCACGAUUGAAAGCCAUAUCAGAUGCCAUUAGAGUAGUCCCUCACUUCCCUAAACCAGGAAUUAUGUUUCAAGACAUAACCACACUGCUACUCGAUCACAAGACUUUUAAAGACACUGUGGAUAUUUUUAUUGAUCGCUAUAGAGAUAUGGCUAUCUCUGUUGUUGCUGGUGUGGAAGCCAGAGGUUUUAUAUUUGGUCCUUCAAUUGCAUUAGCUAUUGGUGCUAAGUUUGUUCCUCUACGUAAACCUAAAAAAUUACCAGGAGAAGUCAUAUCUGAAGAAUACGUACUUGAAUAUGGGAACGAUUGUCUGGAGAUACAUAUUGGUGCUAUUAAACAUGGGGAACGAGCCAUAAUCAUUGAUGAUUUAGUUGCCACCGGUGGAACACUUUCUGCAGCAAUAACAUUAUUAGAACGCGUUGGUGCAGAAGUUGUUGAAUGUGCAUGUGUUAUUGGGUUGCCUGAGUUCAAGGGGCGACUCGGGUUAAAUGGGAAGCCAUUGUACAUUCUUGUGGAGCCACGCCAGCAAACAACUUGAUUUGGUAUUUCCAUGUUCUCUUCAUGCUAAAUGAGAAAGGCUUAACAGAAAUGGCGGUUCCCCUCCAUCUAGGUUUAACAGAAAAGACGUUAAACUUGCCGCUGCAUAUAUGUGAUAAAUAAGUACUGGACACCAUUGAACAAAGGUCACUUGCUUUACGAUGAUUGUCACAAAUCUCUUGAAAGAAAAAUUAACUGUCAAGAAGACGUAUUUACCCUUUCAGUUUUUCA